AUGUCUGAUAAUACUGAGCCCGCAAUCUCCCAAGAACUUAGAGCUUGGUUGGUCUCAACCAUUGCCGAAUCCAUCCCCAAGGCGUUAGCAGCCUUCCAUGAGAAGAGUUCUGCCGAAGUCAAUCCUACCGCACGUUUGCUUUCUGACUCCGAGGACUCUCAGCCCUCUGAUCAGGAGGACACACGUAAGCGCCCUUGGAAAGGGGAUAGUAGGUCUGCGGGCAAGGGUAAGGCUCCUGCCAAGUCCCUAAAAUUGACUUUCACUCGCCCCGCCCACGUUAUCUCCGAUCCCUUUGAGGGUUCUACAUCCCACACGGGCGACGGGGUAGAAGAUUCUGAUGAGGACCCCUCGGAGAAUGCGCUAGGGGAUACCCCAUUGGAUUUUGUCAAGGAGACAUUCAUAUACAAAAGUACCUAUGCAGAAGGGACCUGA